UAUUUAAAUCUUUGAUAAUUUAAAUGUUUGUUGUAUACUUAGUACUGAACAAAGACAUUUUAGAUUGUUUUUGAUAAGUUUAAUGUAAUAAAAAUAGAAUGAACCAAUAGCCGCGCACUAGGGCAUGAAAAGUAACUAUGCUUGUAACAACUCAAUCUUUGCAAAACACAUUGACAUGAACUGAAAUUGUAACUCGUUCUUGUUAAAUUUUAGUUUUUCCUAGAAGUUAAUAAUACCUCUUAUUUUAAAUUUUCUUAGAUGGCUCCUAGCUAUUUCUGCCAAAAAUAAAGAGAAGUUUGGUAUUCGAAAAUUACAGAAGGUGGACCUCUAAUUAAUGAAUCAGUUUAAAAUGGAAAAGCAGCAGUGGAACAACUGUAAGAUUCUCCCUACGUGUUAAAAUAAUGCCCAAUACUGUUCUUACAAGUUGCACUUCCAACCUUUUUUCUUAUUUCUUUACAUUUUCUAGACAGAUCUUUAAUAUUCAACUUAUUUUAUUCUCAAAUUGUUUUCAAGAACCUGUAGUUUACAUUCGUCUUCGCCAGGCACAUAUGGCCCCCCGACGCGUGUUUACAUAAUAAAUUUUUGGUAGUUUUUAAUUCAAUAUUUUUUUUUACAAAUGUUCGACAUCUGGGUGAAUUUAUUUAUCUAUUUGCGUAACUAUUAUUCUUUGUUCGCACAAACAAAAAGUUAAUGUAUUUUUAGCAGAGGAAAAUUUGGGUAGACUUUGUUAAAGGCAAUAUAUAUUUGAAGAAAUUUUAAAUCAAAGAAUCACGAUCGAUAUGCAGCUGGAAUCUAUAAAUAAAAUUAGCAACUAAUAAGCGUAUAUUAAGCAAAAACAAAAAAAAAAAUCCUAAUAAGCGUAUAAAAACUGGAAUACGUCCCAAAUGAACAAACAAAUCGUAAAUCCAAAAAAUCACUCAUACUAAGAAUUUAUCUUCGUUUAGUUUUGUUAAGAAAUAUAUUAGACUCUCUCCUGCUAAAGUUGUGGAUUAACCACUUCUAGUGUUUAGUGACUAUCCAUGAUUUAAUUAAAAAUAGACAAGUUCCAUCAUUCUAGAGCAUGUUCAUAUAUUAUUGUGUGCUUCUCCGUUUCAAAAAUCAAGUUUGGACAAUUUUCACAACAAAAAUGAUAAAGGCAUAUAUAGAAAUUUUCAUUAUAAAGUGAAACAUCUAUAAAUUAAUAAUGUUAGGACUACACCAAAACUAUAAUUUUUUUUUAUUAAUUUAUAAAGAUAUUAAUUUAUCGAUAUACUAAUUGAACCAAAAACUUAAUUUGGGACUAUAAAAUUAUAUUAUUUUUUAGAAACUUUUAAUGUAUAUUAAUUUAUAGAGUAUUAAUUUAAAAAGGUUAAACUCACUAAAACCCCAACAUUUGAUAUAUUUUUAUAUUUUAUAUAAAUGUUUUUUGUCCAUUUAAUUAAAAGUUUUUUGGCGAAUGACUAUUCAGUAUAAACAGGGCCCGGAGAAAGCUUGAUGAUCCCUUUAUUUUUAUGGGCUCAAAGACAUUAAUGAAGCCCAUGUUACAAAAGUUUUCAGCUUCGCUGUUGGCUCGUAAGAAAAAUUCUCCACGAUCGAGGACUCUGCUGGAUUCUUGUUCCUUUACUUCUCUGGCAGGGACGGUGUAAGCAGUGACGUAGUCACGUUAUUUUACGAAGGUUAAUUUAGGUUAUACUAUAUCAAAAUUUAUAACAUUUUUGCCUAUAUGUCGUUAUAUUUUCUUAAAAUCCUAGGAUCACAUGCAAGUGCGGUGCAGCUUGGAAUUGAUUUUGGGUUUUUAAGAUUUAGACAAAAAAGUUUAUGAACCUUAAUUAUUAUACGGUUCAGCUCUGUUACGUUUUAUGUGGUUUAUCCAAGAUACAAACUGUACCAAAUAUAAAUUGUGAAAUGAGAAGUAGAUAGAAAAAUUGGUAAGCAUUUCCAAAUAUUUUGAAAUAUAGGAAGCGGGUUGUAUAACUUUUCUUUUCUGGCAGUGUAGAUAAUAUGGUCAUAUGGGGAUCCUAGGGAUUUGGUCUAUAAAUGUCAUGUGGUCUAAGAUUCUCCUCCAACUUUAGUAUACCCGUUUGAAUCAAUAGUGACGUUUAAUAAUUAAAGUAGUAGGGUUUGUUAUUCGGUUUUACAUACUUGGUAGUGUUACAUCAAACUCUGGAUGUAUUAACCAGAUGCGACUGAAUUAUACAAUUUAAUCAGUGCAGAAUGUGUUGACUCAUAGAUACUCACUGGUAAUCUGAAGAAUGCACAAUCAUACAUCACUUUGAAUUUAACUAGCAGAGUGUUUGAAAACAACUCGACAUUUUUCUUAUAUUACCAAUAAUGUGUAAGUGACUUUGCGUGAACUUAUACCCAAACUACUUUAUAGUUAAGGAUAUUUUUUUUUUGAUAAAAAGAUAAUAUAGUUAAGGAUGUUCAACCCUAGUUAAUUUUAUCUUGGGACUUAACGACUAAUGACAUCAACAUGACAGACACCAACAAAAACCCCGCGCGGAUGUCAUUGCUCACUAGCUAUAUAUACCAAUAGACGAUUAUUAUCCUUGAUUAGAUUUAAGUAUAUAUAUUAGCUUAUGGAUUGUGAGAAAUUAGCAAAGAUUAGAACACUGUAGUUGAAACAUAGACAGUACAAAAGCAAGGAUCAGUGUCAGAUGAGUACUAUUAGUUACUUGAAUCUAAAGUCACUUCUACUCUCUUUCAAAUCUGUAUAUUUCCUAGUAUUCUGCAGACAUGUCUGGAUCAGUGGGGUCACACCACCCCCGAUCACGACCAAGAUCUUCAAAGUAGAAUGGCAUCCCUUUAAAUUGUCCAAAAGAUAAGGGUGUUUCAGUCAUUCCAUACGUUCACAACCUUUACCAUUCAACUAGAGAGUAUUAAAGCCCUUCCUAACUAAAUAUUUUCUAACGAGAGAGAUAGAAAAUGUCAGUACCACUCAAAUCAACGUCUUCAAUGUCUUCUUCUCAAUGUUCAUCUUCAUCUUCACAAAAAUCAAGCUCUGUGAAACUCAAGUCCCUACUCCAAAUUUUCAUCAUCUCUCAAGUUUGUCGAUUAAUCCGAAAAAUCUCUAGAGCUUCAUCCAUUCUUGUUAGAGUUUUGAGGAAGAAGCAAUACAAUCUCUUGUCAAUGUCUUCUUCUUUCUAUCCAAAGAGAGUCUCCAAAAAACAAAAGAAUAAUAUAUUCUUCGGCUCCUUCAGACUUCACUACAACUUUUGCUCUUCUCACGUGGUGCCUGUCUCUGCCCCGGUGCGUCUCCCUGAGGAACUCUACUUGUCCCAUCUCCAGUAUGACUCUACUUGGGAGUCAAUGCAUUCGACUGAGUCGAUGGAUGAUGAUGAUGAACUUCCAGAAUCAUCUCAGCUCUCUAGCUAUCUAAAACAGCUAGAAGAUGAUAAAGCUAAAGAUGGCAAAGAAGAAGAAGAAGGGAAAGAGAUGAAGAUGAUGAAUGAGAUUGAUAAACUGGCUGAUAUGUUUAUUGCAUAUAGUCAUGAGAAAUUCAUGUUGGAGAAGGUUGAUUCGUAUAGGAGAUUUCAAGAAAUGCUGAAAACUAGCAGUUGAUGAUGAUUAUGAUGAUGGACCCCUUUAAAACCUUUCAUUUCUUUUUAUGUAAUUUCACUUUUCCUUCUUUUUCUUUUUGAAUUCCUUCGUGGUGUUCUAAUUAUCUGGAAAUGUAUUGGAAGCAUAGGGGAAUGGAUUGUGUGGUGUUUGUUGUGUUACAAAUAUAUGGUUGAUGAUGGUGGUGUUGGUGGUUUAUAAAAUACAACUAGUAUAGACAAUCCAAAAAGGAAACUAGAGGAUGUGAAUAUGGUUAAUUGUUUUUUCCUGUUACUUUGGCUUUUGUGUUUGUCUUCUUUUUUUUGCUGUUGUUGUUUGCUUCUGAUAUACAAAAGAGGACCAAAAUAUUUUGGAAUUAUAUAUAAUCAUCUGACUUUUCUAUGUAUGAGCUCCGAUUUGAUCUCUCUUGAAAAUAUUGUUUUGUAAUUAUGGGCAAGACUUUAUAAUUCUAUGUAACGGGUCUAGCUAAACAUAGGAACCUCUAUAUUCUAUACUCGGGUGAGACCAAAAAAAAAACACGUAACUAGAAAAGACUGAAUCAAACCUAACUUUAGAUGACUGAUUAUACUAUGUUUUGGUUUAACCUUAAAGAAAACUCUUUUGGGUUAAAUAUUACAGUAGUAUAUCAUCAAUUCAAAGUAGCAUUACUGGGCCUAACAGGCCUACAUUAUCACGAUAGGCCCAAAAGGCAAUUAAACAAGAACGCAAUAGGCUCAAAAAGUAAUUAAACACGAACGAGUGAUCUUGUCUUUAAAAUAAACUGGCGUUUUCCGACCAAACUUGAACUCCCCUUGUCCUCGAUCUUCUUUCUCUCUCUUAAUCGCACGCUUCCCCCCAGCCCCAACACACUCCACUUCCGCCUUUUAAAGAUCAAAUCUCUAUCCACAGCAAAAAGCUUUCUUACAAAAAAAAAAAGGUGUCAAAACUUAUUUCAAUAUCUCUCAAGGAUCCCUUCGAUUUACUCUGCCCCAUAACUCGCACGCCGGAUCCCACCGGCCCCCUUUACCGCCUCUCCGUUGCUGCGAGUCAAUUUCAUAUCUUUGGACAGCAUUCUCAAGAAGGCGGAAAAAAAGUAUUUAUUUGGAUGGAAGUGGAGAUUCAUAUACUUGAGCAGGAAGCUUACUGUGCUGUGUUAAGAGCUUUUAAAGCUCAGUCUGAUGCAAUCUCUUGGG